AUGUCCAGUUGGGAAACAGAGCUGUAUAGGGAUCUUGUCACGGCGGAGUUGUUGACCCAUAUUGGUCAAGGAAACAGGCCCGUCAAGCCCGAUGAGCUCCCCGAGGGCAUAAAAUCGGGCUCGAAAGAGCUAUCUGCCAACCAGAAGAUCAAACUCAAUGAAAAGCUGGAAGAGUUAUAUCAACAUAUACUCCGUUCCGAUGAAGAAGGACUAUGGAACAUUCCCAAUUUCGAUGGAGACCGAGAGCAGGUAAAAAAUUUGCUCUGGAGCGUCGUUUCAUGGGCAACCAGCAAUAACAAAGAGAGCGUUGAUGAGAUAAAAUCAAAGAUCGAAUCUGCAAGCAAAGGAGAUGGGGUGACAGAUAAUGAAGAAAAAGCCACGGACAUUGAAAAGACAAAAAAAGAAGGUGAUGACGAGAAUGGCUCUGGUGAAGACCAAGAUCAAGAGGAUUCCUCUGGUGCCUCCAGUGACUCCGAGGAGCCGAAGAAAGGACGCGGUAACCUUCACGUGACAUCAUUUUCUGGUGGCUUGAAAAUGGAACUUAAAAAUCGCGCUAUCAUCAAGCAUGUGCUUCAGGCGGACUACUGCGUACUGCAGGUUAAAGACGAUGACCUCAAAACCUCCGUACUUGCUGAGGUACAGUCUGUAAGACCUAAGAGACGUGGAGAUACGAAUCAAGAAGUUGAGUAUGUUAGCCAGUUUGUGGUUCAAAGGUGGUAUCCAGCCACCAAGGCUUGGUGUGUUGAAGCUGUGAACCAGCGGGAAAUCAGCUCUGCAGUCAAAGACUGGAACAAAAUCAAGGGUAAAAGAUGGAUACAUCGGCCCUCGGAAGAGAAAGCCAAAUCCUUCUCGAGAGAAGACCUUGGAGACAUGGUUCUUCACCUUGCUUGCUUCUAUAAUGUACCAAAGUUACGAACAGCAGGAACAGCAAAAAGAAGUCCUCCUACCCGGCACAUACUUAUUACUUCAAAGGAAGGGCUGAUAAUGGUUAACGACGGAACGUUUAAGCGCUACAUUGGUAAUGACGAAGAGGCUAAUAAUUAUACUGCCAAAAGCUGCGAGAGAGACAAAAUUCCUGCACCAUGGGACGUGGAUUCUCAAGCAGUGAAGACAGUGGUGAAGACAUGCCAUAGACCUCUUUCGGAUACAAAGAAAGCCGGAGGCAUUGUACAGAUACCCCAGCAAACAACCGAGCUCUCUUCUCCAUCUAUUGUUACAGAAUUGAGAGAUCGAGUUACCGCACUCGAGCUUAAAUUUGGCCAAUUUAAGGAUCUCCAUAGUCGAGUCGAAGCUCUCGACGGGAAAGUUGACCAGAUGAUGGGUCUACUUCAGAGGGCCCUCAAAGGUUAG